AUGUACGGCAGUGCCAGAGCUGUAGGUCACUUAGAGAGCAGCCCCGCACGCUCCCCGCGCCUGCCUCGGUCCCCCAGACUGGGCCAUCGAAGGGCCAACAGCGGGGGCGGGAGCGGCGCGGGGGGCAAAACGCUCUCCAUGGAGAACAUCCAGUCUCUCAACGCUGCCUACGCCACUUCAGGGCCCAUGUACCUGAGCGACCACGAGGCCGUGGGCUCCACAGCCACUUACCCGAAAGGCACCACGACUCUGGGUCGGGCCACCAGCCGGGCCAUGUACGGGGGCCGCGUCACAGCCAUGGGCAGUAGUCCCAACAUCGCUUCAGUGGGACUGCCCCAUGCUGACCUUCUGUCUUACAGUGACCUGGGCUCCAUCUCCAUGCUGCAUGCCCACCACCACCACCAUCAGGCGGUGCCCUCCGCCCUGUUGAGGCAGGCGGUGCGGAGCAGUGGAGGGGAACUGCUGGAGAUGCAGGCCCAGUUCAGGGAUAUGCAGAGGGAGAAUGAGAUGCUGCGCAGGGAGCUGGACCUAAAAGACAGUAAGCUUGGCUCUUCCACCAAUAGCAUCAAGAGCUUUUGGAGCCCAGAGCUGAAGAAGGAGCGCAUCAUGAGGAAGGAAGAGGCCGCACGCACAUCUAUACUCAAAGAGCAGAUGAGAGUCACUCAUGAGGAGAACCAGCAUCUCCAGAUGACCAUCCAGGCUCUCCAGGACGAGCUUCGCACACAACGCGACCUCAACCACCUGCUGCAGCAGGAGAGCGGCAACCGCUCCGGCGCCGAGCACUUCACCACCAUCGAGCUGACCGAGGAGAACUUUCGUCGAUUGCAGGCCGAGCACGACCGGCAGGCCAAGGAGCUCUUCCUGUUGAGGAAAACCCUGGAGGAGAUGGAGUUGAGAAUCGAAACCCAAAAGCAGACGCUAGGAGCCAGAGACGAGUCCAUCAAGAAGCUGCUGGAGAUGCUGCAGAGUAAAGGGCUGCCCUCAGGGCCCGGCAGGGUGUCUGAGGAAGAGGAGCAAGAGAGGAACAGGCGCAUUGCUGAGGCUGAGGCCCAGCUUGGACACUUGGAGGUCAUUCUAGACCAGAAAGAAAAGGAAAAUAUCCACUUGAGAGAGGAACUUCACCGACGAAAUCAACUGCACCAGGAUCCAAGCAAAACUAAGGCCCUGCAAACCAUCAUAGAGAUGAAAGAUACCAAAAUUGCCUCACUGGAGCGCAACAUUCGAGACCUGGAGGAUGAGAUCCAAAUGUUGAAAGCAAAUGGCUUGCUGAACACAGAGGACCGUGAGGAGGAGAUCAAACAGAUGGAGGUCUACAAGAACCACUCCAAGUUUAUGAAAACCAAGAUUGACCAACUCAAGCAGGAGUUGUCUAAGAAGGAGUCCGAGCUGCUUGCUCUGCAGACAAAGUUGGAGACCCUCAACAACCAGAACUCAGACUGCAAACAGCACAUCGAGGUGCUCAAAGAGUCUCUGACUGCCAAAGAGCAACGGGCAGCCAUCCUGCAAACAGAGGUGGAUGCUCUACGCCUACGUUUGGAAGAGAAAGAGUCAUUCCUCAACAAGAAAACCAAGCAGCUGCAGGACCUGACAGAAGAGAAAGGCACUCUUGCUGGAGAAAUAAGGGACAUGAAAGACAUGUUAGAGGUCAAAGAAAGGAAAAUAAAUGUCCUCCAGAAGAAGAUUGAGAACCUGCAAGAGCAACUAAGAGACAAAGACAAGCAGCUGAGCAACCUGAAGGACCGAGUCAAGUCUCUGCAGACAGACUCCACCAACACGGACACUGCCUUGGCCACUUUAGAGGAAGCGCUUUCAGAAAAGGAGAGAAUCAUAGAACGUCUAAAGGACCAAAGGGAGCGCGAAGACAGAGAACGUCUGGAGGAAGUGGACGCUUACAAGAAGGAGAACAAAGAUCUCAAGGAGAAAGUCAACAGUCUGCAGAUUGAGUUGACAGAAAAAGAGUCCAGCCUCAUUGAUCUCAAGGAGCACGCAUCGUCUCUGGCAUCUUCUGGCCUCAAGAAGGACUCAAAGCUAAAGUCCCUGGAGAUCGCCAUCGAGCAGAAAAAAGAAGAGUGCAGUAAGUUGGAGACGCAAUUACAGAAGGCCCACGAAGUGGAGCAUCAGUCAGUCUCUCGAGGUAACCCUGAGUACGUGGACCGAGUGAAACUGCUAGAGAAGGAGGUGGGCUACUACAAGGAUGAGGCCAGCAAGGCUCAAACAGAGGUGGAGAGACUCCUAGACAUCCUGCGCGAGGUGGAGACUGAGAAGAAUGACAAAGACAAGAAGAUCGCAGAGUUGGAGAGAAAGAUACAAAACCCCGUUGGAGGAGAUCAUGACCCCCCUCACACUGUCCCCCGCCCCAGCCCUCGUCCUGGCGGCAGAGCCCCCCCUGACCCGCUCCCCCCGAUGUCCGCCGCCCCUCAGCAGAUAGGGGGUAUGGUGUGGGACUUCCUGGGAAAACAAGGAGGAAAAGACCUGACCAAGAAAGGCACAAACAUCAAACUGGGACCCCAAGGAGACAAGAAAGGCUUGGGACAGGACAUCCGUAAGGAUAGCUCCUUGGAGGGCGGCCACCAUUCAAAGCUAGAGGACCUGAUGAACACACUUGAGAGGACGAGGCAAGAACUGGAUUCCACCAAGCAGCGUCUCUCGUCAACGCAGCAGUCACUGCAGGAGCGAGACAGCCACCUCACCAAUAUGAGGCAAGAGCGCAGAAAACAACUGGAAGAGAUUCUAGAAAUGAAACAGCAAGCUCUGCUAGCUGCCAUUAGUGAGAAAGAUGCAAAUAUUGCACUGCUAGAACUGUCUGCCACAAACAAAAAGAAGACCCAAGAGGAGGUGAUGUCACUGAAGAGGGAGCGGGACAAACUGAUGCACCAACUUAAACAGCACACUCAAAGCAGAAUGAAGCUGAUUGCUGACAACUAUGAAGAUGAACAAUAUCAUCCACAUGGCCCGCACCACACCCAUCAUCAUCGUGGCGGGCCAGGCCGAGGACCCCCACAUGCUGGUCACCGCCCUUCCCCGGAUCAGGAUGACGAGGAAGGCAUAUGGGCAUAA